CACCCAAUGUUUUACCCUGCAACUCCCAUCAGCCACAACACCAUGGGCAAGGGUUAGGACUGCGAGUUGUAGGCUAAAACAUGUAAGUAGGCACGACUCCACUCUCUUGCACACACAACCUGGCGGAACCUCAACUCAGGGGAUCGGGGGCCUAUCCGGAAUGCAAUUAGGGAAGGACGGCACGGACCGUUCUGAGGCAUGGACCGCGUCUCUUAGCAACCGACCUGUAGCUCCCGGAAGUGGUUUGAAUGUCAAGAGAAGCGGGCUCGUCUGUUCGAUCUCUCUGGGAGGCGCCUGUUGGAAGCGGUAGUGAGAGGGGAUUUUACAGUUUUCAAGCUUUCUAUCAUGGUGCUUAAGGUCUUCUUCCCUGUUUGCUGCUCCUCAGCUGAAAGUGGCCUUCUGGUUGGGCAGUGGAUUCCAGAACAAAACUCUGCUGUUGUCCUGGCCGUGGUUCACUUCCCCUUCAUUCCUGGUCAGGUGAAGCAGUAUCUCUUUGAAAUGCAGCAUGCAACACAGGUCCAGCUGUCUGUGUUGGGCUCCUGGAUUAACAGCAAACAAGCAAAGGAAGAGAGUUUGGAAAGGUUCCUUGAAGACCUUGGCUCAAUCUUCUCACAUAAUCCCUGGAUCCAACUCAGCAAGGAGAAAGGCAGCAAGUUUUGGAGCUGUUUUGCCACUUGGGAUCAGUCUGAUAGUAAUGAGAAAAAUGAAAUCAUCUUGGUUUAUUACGAUCAACGCAAAGUUAUGCUUUCACAGCUACACCCUCCACAAGACCAAGCUGAGUCUUCUGAUCAGAAGAUAACAGAUGCUUCCAAACUAGUUGCUGUGUUUGACACAGUUUCAAAGAGCAAGUUACUGUACAUGAAGGACAGGUAUGAUGAGGGACCAAUCAAACUCACACAUUGGCAGUCAGAUGGAGUAGAAGCCAGUAUUAUUGUGGAAUUGCUGAAACAGGCCUCUGUACCUGCAUGUAUGCUGAUAACAUUCUUACUUUCACUUAUCUCUGGAGUCUGUAAAAGCAGAGUGCUGACCUUUUGGCCUCUGUCUUUCAUCUGGAGCAAACUUUCAACAUGUGGGCAAAUGGGACAUCGGCUUCAGCACCUCCAAAUAAUCAGCAGUGAGAGGAAGGCUGCAACUCAGACCCAGCUGAUGAAAAAAGCCAACAUCUUUGUUUCUGUCCUCAUUGAUGUGGCCUUGGGGAUACUGCUGAUGUCUUGGCUGUACCAGAAGAAUCGAAUUGGUCAUCUUGCCAAUGCCCUUGUUCCCAUAGCUGAUCAUGUUGCCCAGGAGCUCCAGAACCUCCUGCAGUGGCUGAUGGGUGUACCGGCUGGUUUAAAAAUGAAUAGGGCUUUGGACCAAGUGUUGGGCCGAUUCUUCCUCUACCAUAUUCACCUCUGGAUUAGCUAUAUCCACCUGAUGUCUCCAUUCAUCGAGAUGAUCCUGUGGUAUGUUGGCUUGUCAGCCUGUCUAGGCCUGACUGUGGCCCUGUCCAUCCUCUCUGACAUCAUUGCACUCCUGACCUUCCACAUUUACUGCUUUUAUGUCUACGGAGCCAGGCUCUACUGCCUCAAGAUCUACGGUUUGUCCUCCCUAUGGCGCCUGUUCCGUGGGAAGAAGUGGAACGUCUUGAGACAACGGGUGGAUUCGUGCUCCUAUGACUUGGACCAGCUCUUCAUCGGCACCUUGCUAUUUACAAUCUUACUGUUUCUUCUACCCACAACUGCACUGUACUAUUUAGUCUUUACUCUGCUCCGUCUAUUGGUGGUGAUUGUGCAAGGCUUGAUCCAUCUGCUCGUGGACUUCAUCAACUCACUCCCCUUUUAUUCAGUUGGUCUUCGGCUCUUCCAGUCUUACAGGCUUGCUUCUGGUGUGAAGUUCAGAGUCCUUGAGCAAGAGACUGGAAAACCCCUUCGACUUCUAAUGCAGAUAAACCCUCUGACCUACAGCCGUGUGGUGCAGAUGUACAGGCUCCCAACAUACAGCUGCUACCCUAAGGAUUCCUGGGGUACUCUAUGCAAGAAGCUGUUUGUUGGGGAGUUAAUCUACCCUUGGAAACAUAAAGGAGAGAAGCAGGACUGAUGGUCAGCAACUGAGAUGGACUCCCAAAACUGACCAAAUGAACAUUUGAGAACCAGGCCAUUUUCCAGGCCAGAGUCACCGGCACUUGUACCUGUGUCAAGAAGUUGCUCCUAUGCACAGGUGGGGACAGCAUGUUGGGCCUUCUCCUGAGGAGCCAGUGAAUUCCCCUUCCACUACACAGACUGCUCUUUCCAUUCAUGAACUAUGAUUUACUUCUGAAUUAGAAUUGUCUGUCUGGAAGCACCAGGGGCCAAAAAUAACACGAAACUCACAGUACCUCCUGCCACAACCUUCUUGGUCCAUGCAUAGUGGACUUCUGUUUGCCAGCACAGCAAGGGGGUGAACCAGCUCAGGGCCAUGUUGGGCUUGGGGCAAGGUUCAUUUUAACCCGUUGCCUCCAAUAGGCUCCCAGUUGGGAUCGACCCCCUCUUUCCCUGUGCUGGCUCUUUGUUAGAGAGAAAUCAGCUAUGCAAGCAAUGCUUGUAUUCUGGCCUCUGGUGUCUGCUGUACCAGCUUACCCCAUGGGCUAGGAUUAAAGCCAAAUUAUGAAAAAUAGUAAAAAUUGGCGGAAAUACAUUUUGUAGAACCUGAGGAAUCAUGCCAGUGGGCUCCCUGCUCACAAAGUCCAGUGUUUGCCUUCCUGGGUUAUUUUUUCUUUCAUAGAUUACACCGUGUGGGUUGCCAUGUUCAAAUCCUACCCAGUUUUCAUUAUGAAAAUGGUGUUUCUUCUGGGACACCCUACCCCAGGAUUUUGUGAUAGGGAGAUAUUUAGCACAGAGUGUACAUUUGUCCUAAUUGCGUGUGUGUGUGUUGUAUAGACUAAAAGGGAAAUUCCCAACUCAUCCUUAA